AUAAUAAAAUAAAAAAAGAAUUCUAAAUUUCAAAACAAAAAAGAUUAAUAUUAAUAAAAAAUAAUGAAUUAUGAAUUAUCUAGAAUAAUUAAUUAUUCUAUGUAAAACAUUAAGUAGCUCCAUCUUUCUAAUUGAGAUAAGAAUAGUCUAAAUUGGACAAAAAAAUCGUUUUUACCUUAAUCAAAAAACCAAAAAGGUUUUCGAAUCUCAAAAAAGGUCCGUUGAGCGCCGCGCGUCUAUGUCAUAAUAGAUCCGAACACCUGCCCUGGAUCGACUUUCAGAUCAUAAUUGCUCUAGUAAAUAACUAAAAAAAAAAAAUAGAGAGAUGGGAGAUAGAAGUGAAAGAAAAAAAUUCGAAAUAUCUCUCAGCGGUUCACCAAUUAUUUGAAUGUUGGCAGGUCUCUUUGUAUGUCUUGUCCGGAAAGAGGAGGACUCAAUGAUUAUUCGUUCGCCGGAACCAGAAGUAAAAAUUUUGGUAGAUAGGGAUCCCGUAAAAACUUCGUUUGAAGAAUGGGCCAGACCUGGUCAUUUUUCAAGAACAAUAGCUAAGGGCCCUGAAACUACUACAUGGAUCUGGAACCUACACGCUGAUGCUCACGAUUUCGAUAGCCAUACCAGUGAUUUGGAGGAGAUCUCCCGAAAAAUUUUUAGUGCCCAUUUUGGUCAACUCUCCAUAAUCUUUCUUUGGCUGAGUGGUAUGUAUUUCCACGGUGCUCGUUUUUCGAAUUAUGAAGCAUGGCUAAGCGAUCCUACUAACAUUGGACCCAGUGCCCAAGUAGUUUGGCCAAUAGUGGGCCAAGAAAUAUUGAAUUGUGAUGUAGGGGGAGGUUUCCGAGGAAUACAAAUAACCUCCGGGUUUUUUCAGCUUUGGCGAGCAUCUGGAAUAACUAGUGAAUUACAACUUUAUUGUACCGCAAUUGGCGCAUUGGUCUUUGCAGCAUUAAUGCUUUUCGCUGGUUGGUUCCAUUAUCACAAAGCUACUCCAAAAUUGGCUUGGUUCCAAUAA